AUGAGCUUCGCUUCAGAGAAAGUGGAAGCCAAGCAUGAAGAGUUCAGACAGAAGGCGAUCUACAAGCGCCGCAGCAAGAACCUCUACGAGAAGAUGUUUGCUAUGACAGUCGUGGAAUUGCACAAACAGGUCAGUUCUUCCUGGUGGGGACGCUACCGGGGCAACCUGCCAGAUAACCUGGAGUACUUCUACGCAACGGUUGUUCGUCCCAGCAUAGACUGUGAGCCUGGGCAUGGCCUAAAGGAGACUUACCUCAACCAGCUCCUAAACUUCCUGGCAAAUGAUGGGAACACCUACUCCAAAGACUUGGAUAUUGUGCGUUCAAUUUGCACUGGAAAGAUCCAGCGCCACCCUGCGCUUCACGGAGUCAUGACAGCCUGCGUGCUGCGCCUCCAGAACUUGGAGAAAGGGCCAGACUCAGAAAGGCAGCUUCUCCUCGAAGCAGGGGCCGAGUUAGCUUCCUUGGGCGCAAACGCCAAGAGUCUUCAAUUCUUUUGGCUUCGCUGGAUGGAGAACAACCAGUUCAAAGGCACUCUCGCAAAGCUCCGGGGAUGGUCCCUGCCCAUUAUGAUGUCUCCGGAUGCCACAACUUUGGAGGAGAACGAUCAUUGCAUCAGUGCUUCAUAUCCGAGGCCGCCGAAUGGGCCCCAACGCCGCCUAGUCUGCGCCUUUGAUCGCACAUACCUCGAAACCACGAUGCAGCUGGUUGGCACAGAGAAAGGCUCUUGCAUGGCCGGAGGCGCCCAUCGCCCGCUACAUUUCAUGGAGCCUGACCAGAGCUUGUUUCUACUUCGGAAGAAGCCACAGCAAGACGCUCCAGAACAUGAUGCUGAAGUUACCCGACAGUUCAACACAAAGGACAUCCGCAAAGCAAAUGAGAUGGAAAGCUUUCUACUCUGGGAUGCGACCCGUGGAUGCACCAUGCCGCUGGAAAUAGCAGCUUUUCCUGUGUUGAGCGCAGCAUCAAAAGACGACAGGCUGGAACGGGCUGUCCCGAAGGCAAAGAACUUGAGAGGCAAGUGGGAGACCUUAGCCAGAUGCGGGCUUGUCUUCUCAAAUGCAGAGUCCGUGAAGUAUAUCAUUGCAGACGGGCAUGGGUCCCACCUUUGGCUGCGGCAGCUGCUGUUGGGUCAGAAGAUUUCGCUCGCGGAUGAUUUGCUGCAAGAGCUUCCGUUCUGGGGGAAGCUGGUUGCGGAGGACUUGCCCCUGGUUUGCAUUCCGCUGCCCUGGCGCAUUGUGCGUAUGGACGGAGAAAGCAUACACUUCAUACCAGGCCCAGCGCACAUUCAAAAGAAUUGCUGUGAACAGAUGCGCAGCGUUUUGCGAACGAUUGUCUUCGGUGAUCAUUUCUCCGAUCUAUCAGCAGCCGUGGAGUCAGGACUUUGCCCAGCCUCCUUUAUUGGAGCCGAUGGCAUGUCUGACAAACAAGCAGCAUUGCUGCGCCUCAGAUUAGAAUUGGUGCUACCGAACCCUAGAAAGAUUUUGAAUUGGGCCCUGGAAGUUGGAAUGCUAGACCCUGUGAAUUUCCUUGUGAACCCAGCUGCUGACCGCUUCCAAGUGCCGUGGUGCUCGAAGGGAGCAUUUCUAUUGUCACUGGUAGAAGCCCAUGCCAUCGCAGGAUUGUUGCACCGAAGUGGUUCUCGCAAAUGGCGCCUGGAAGUUGCAAUGACAGGCCUGAGCCUUCUGAAUUUGGGGCUGCUGAUGGCAUCGAACAAAGCAAAGGCAUUGGGAGUCCCUCUGAGGACCUUGUGGCUAGAUUCUCGAUCGCAUGUCAACUUGAAGGACCUUUGCGGUGCUACAAUCAUGGCACUCUAUGCAUCUGACCCGGUGGUUUGCUGGCAUUCACUCACAGAGAGAUGCCUUGAAAAGCGCUUUGGGCUUAUCCGGAGCUUCUUUCCAAACAGUUGCCUGGCAGCCGCUGAUUACUGGAGGGCUUCGGCGAUGGUUAUGAGGAGAGAGGUUCGCACAGCUGAUGGAAGGUUCAUGGAGCCUCAAGCGCGCGAGGAUCAACUCUCAGCCAACGACUUUUGCGCAACAGCACAAAGGUCGUGGCAGGCCGCUCUCCGCUUAGCAGCCAUGAGCAGCGAAUUCUCGAUGGCCCAGUUGCAAAGUGACUUCAACAACACAAAUGCAGGAGCCACUUGUGAAGCAGAAAUGCAUGCGGACGAAGAUUCGGAAGAUGAAGGCUUUGUGGCAAACGAGAAAGCAGAUGUUGCAGCAGUCUUGGAUCGGAUUCGAGAAAGCCAAGCCUUUGUUGAUGAGUUCGAGGCAGAUGCUGAGGUUAAAGAUGCUCCUGAUGAAGCUACUUGUGUCCUUGCAGAGGAAGCAGCACGCAGAAAGGCUCGCGGAGUCGAUGAUGAAGAUUCUGGCGUGGUGAAAGCCAUGAAGGAGUUGUUUGAAGACGAGACAGUGGCUGACACCAAGCCAGAUGAUGAUCUUGAGCGAUUCAAGCCAAGAGAAGGCCGCUACUCACUGCAUGGAGCCCUUCGUGGACAUGAGAAUCUGGAGUCGGGUGAGGACGAUUUAGUCCGGCUUCUUUGCUGGCUCAGAAUGGCUCCAAAUGGGUGUGAUGGUGAUAUUAUCCAGCAGCCGCUCCGAACCAGAAAGCUCAUUUUGAGCCAACCCAAGAAGUGGCACAACAUGUUCCGGCAUCAAAUGGCACAUGCAGAUGCUGUGGAAAAACUCCCCACCCAGCGAAAGUCAAGGCAAAGUGCAUGGGUGCAAGCGACUGAGAAGGCGCGGAUGGAAUUUCCAACGUUGCCGUCCAGUGUGGCAAUCUCCACUGGUGACCUGGUUGCUGUGAGCUACCGUGGGGAAUGGAGGGUGGGCCUUGUCUUGACUAUGUGGAGAUAUUUCAAGAAAGGAACAGGUGCCCAGCAAGUUUGCCACGAGAUACCAAGAGGAGGUUUGCAUUCAGCAAGGGUGGUCAUCAUGAGUGAAGACAAUGACGAGCCACGAGUUUUCACUUGCGGCAGUGGCUCCGUUGCAGUGGUCCUGCCGCAUGAGUGCAUUGGCAUGCGGUUAGAUACUCCGAGCAUGAAGAAGAAGGUGGGCCUUGAUGGGCUGAAGGUCUUGCUUCCAGAGGACUGCUGGGGAGUCAGGGCAGGGGCCCAUUCCACAGGGUCUUCGACAAAUUCUCAUGGUCUCAUUUCGAUUUGGUGCUAA